GGGAGUUAAACCGGAGCGAACCUUGCGGGACGAGGCUGUGAACGGAAGGACCGCAGCGUGCCAGAGCGCGCGCGACCCUGCGGCUGAAUGAAAGACAGAGAUGGAAAAACUAGUGAGACAGGUGGUGUGUUUGUGUGUGUUUCUAGGUGGACAAGUUUCUCCGGUGGAGUUAACCUGCGAAACGCUUAUCCUGAUGUCAACCAACCUCACAGCAAGGAUGAUGGCAUUACUAAACCAGACAUUCACCAUCAGUAACAUCUCAGGUUUAUACUGCGAUUUGUCUGUGGAUGGCAUAGGAACCUGUUGGCCACGCAGUGCAGCAGGUGAGCUGAUCUCCAGACCCUGUCCUGAGCAGUUCAAUGGCAUCUACUACAAUACCACCAACCGGGUGUACAGAGAGUGUCAGUCUAAUGGCAGCUGGGCCCCUCGAGGAAACUAUAGCCAGUGCACCGAGAUCAUCGUCCUGAGGAAGAGUAAAGUUCAUUAUCAGAUUGCUGUUAUCAUCAACUACUUGGGUCACUGCAUCUCUUUGGGAGCUCUGCUGCUUGCCUUCACACUCUUCAUGAGACUCAGGAGUAUUCGUUGUCUGAGGAACAUCAUCCACUGGAAUCUGAUCUCAGCGUUCAUCCUGAGGAACGCCACCUGGUUCAUCGUCCAGUUAACAAUGAAUCCUGCUGUUACUGAGAGCAACCAGGUGUGGUGCAGGUUGGUGACAGCUGGUUAUAAUUAUUUCCAUGUGACAAACUUCUUCUGGAUGUUUGGUGAAGGUUGUUAUCUUCACACGGCCGUUGUUCUCACCUACUCCACUGACAAGCUCAGGAAGUGGAUGUUCAUCUGCAUCGGCUGGGGUAUUCCAUUUCCGAUUAUAGUUGCCUGGGCAUUUGGAAAACUUUACUAUGACAACGAGAAGUGCUGGUUUGGAAAGAGAGCGGGCGUUUAUACUGACUACAUCUAUCAAGGCCCAAUGAUCCUAGUUCUACUGAUUAACUUUGUCUUCCUGUUCAACAUUGUUCGGAUUCUGAUGACCAAACUAAGGGCGUCGACCACCUCAGAGACCAUCCAGUAUAGGAAGGCAGUGAAGGCGACUCUGGUGCUGCUGCCUCUGUUAGGAAUCACCUACAUGUUGUUCUUUGUAAAUCCUGGAGGAGAAGAUGAAGUCGCUCAGAUCGUUUUCAUCUACUUUAACUCUAUUCUGGAGUCCUUCCAGGGCUUUUUUGUCUCAGUUUUUUACUGUUUUCUCAACAGUGAGGUGCGGUCUGCUGUUAGGAAGCGUUGGGCUCGUUGGCAAGACCGUCACUCCUUCCGGAGUCGGGCGGUGCGAGCCACGUCACUGCCCACCUCACCAAGCAGAGUAUCCUUCCACAGCAUCAAACAGUCCUCCAACCUCUGACAGACAGAUAGACUGGGUCUUUAUGGGCCUGAACUCACCCAACUACAAUCUAUGAUGCUGUUCCACUCAGCCAAUCAGAGGAUUUAUUCUUUGUCAGGACCUGAUUAAAACC